AUGUCCGACUCCGAUUGCCUUUUCAUACGAGAGAUAAGUGACGACGCCAUCGAAAACGCCUUGACUGAAGGACUUGAAGACCGUUGGGUUGAAGAUGAUUCCAGAGCAAAUGUUCCUGCUUUGCAACAUUCUUCAUCGCCCAUGGUUCAUCCUGUCACGGUUCAGGACCCGGAAAGACCUCGUUCUCCUCCAGCUGUUCCUUCAAAUAGAAGAACCACUCCGGAUCCACAGACCCUUGAGCUCGCUCCGACAUCGACGUACCUGCUACCUCGGGUACAAGAGAUUCCUGCGGUCAACGAACCUCUCCCACGAAACUACACGGCAAGCCCUACCAGGACUAUUAACAUACAUCGCUUGAAGGCACCCGCAGGAUUGCCUAUCACUCAAGGCAAUAGGGAUACUACACAACCAAACAACGCGGAUGAGCCUCAGAGGCCUACUGCGUUCCUUUUUUCCGGGAGGGAGAAGGUUAUUUCGAGACGUCGGUCCUUGAGGGACGUUGAAUCUCUCGAAUCACGAAUAGCCAAGCUCCUUUCAAACUGA